AUGCAUAAAACCAACACUCGUUUCACCUUCACUGUUGGCUAUAUUUUGGCCUGGAUGGCUGUGGCCACUGCGUUUCUCUCCUCUUGGUUCCUAUUCGGCUCUACCUGUUGUUGGACUUACAGCCUGCCCGACACGUUGAUCGACGAAUACUUCUCUUAUCUCGACUCAGGAAAUUUAAACAAUGGCGGCUUCAUCGGCUGGGGCAACAUUCCUCUCGGGCUACCACCAGGUUUCGUAAACACAGGAAAGUUUUGGAGCUCGCUGGACGGCGGAAUGGCCAAUAUGGCCUAUGAGACAUAUGAUGGAAACGUGCCCGGGAGGGUAUCGAGGAGCCCUGGUAAUGAUGCCACAAAAUUAGCUGGGAUCACUAUUUUGUUCAACAUUAUUGGAAGCAGCUUGCAACAGUGA